AUGGUGAACAAAGUCUACGUGACGUACAAUGAGGUCCACAAGCUCUGCCAGGAGGCUGCGCCGGCCAUCCUCGACAAGUUCCAGCCACAGCUCAUGAUCGCCAUCGGCGGCGGCGGCUACGUGCCGGCGCGCAUCCUGCGCUCGUUCCUCAAGAAGCCCGGCUCGCCCAACAUCCCCAUCCAGGCCAUCGGCCUGUCCCUCUACGAGUCGCUGUCGACGGACGCCACCGCCGUCGAGGAGGAGCCCGGCACCAAGGUGACCCGCACGCAGUGGCUGGAUCUGUCGAGCCUCGGCGAGAUGAGCAACCUCGUCGGCAAGAACAUUCUGAUUGUCGACGAGGUCGACGACACGCGCACGACGCUCGAGUACGCGGUCAAGGAGCUGGAGAAGGACGUGGAGCUGGCGCGCCAAAAGAUUGGGGCCGACGCGGCGCCGACGCACUUUUCGGUGUUUGUGCUGCACAACAAGAACAAGACCAAGAAGGGCACGCUGCCGGCGGACAUGAUGAGCGAGGGCCGGUACAUGGCGGCGCGGACGGUGGGCGACGAGUGGAUCUGCUACCCGUGGGAGGCGAUUGACAUUGACGAGCACGACGAGUUGGCGAGGCAGGCGCUGGCCAACAGCCAGCAGUAG